CCCACUCUUAAAAAAAGAAAAAAAAAAAGAUAGAAAGCUUGGAACACCAUCCUCCUGCCCUUUCCUCUCCGUCACUUCCGUUACAUUUUCCGUCAGUCAUGGAAGCUGCCCUAAACCGCAUACGUUCCUUUCUCCUCGGAGAUACCCACCACAAUCAUCCCCCCGAUCUCAUCCCCUACUCACCGUCCGAUUCCUCUAUGGCGGACUGCGGCUUGCCGGAAACCUCCGACCUGCCAGCGAAAAAGUGCCGCAGAACUGACGGCUCCGAUUCCUCCAUCAAUGAGGAGACCGAAGCCAACGAGGAGGAGAAAUUCGUCCGGAGCGCACUGACGUUCGACUGGAACGAGGGGGAUGCUGACGUGGAGGACGAGGUGGCGGAAAACGUCCUCACUCCCGCGCCGGACCUGCCGGGUCCGUCUGUCCGCCGUUUAAAUUACAGCAACGACGAUUUACCGGGGUUAGAUUUAACCGGGGGAUCGGCCGUUAAGUUUAACGGCAGUUCGAGCCCGUGCUUUGCGGGAUUCUGGGAGAAUCUGCCGUUAAACGAGAACGAUUCGGAGGAGAUGGUAUUGUACGGAGUCCUGAAAGAAGCGACGUUGAAAGGGUGGGAGCCAGCCACGCCGACGGCUCAGCCGGUUCCUGAGGAGCCGAAGUCGAUGCCGGCUCAGAAGAAGGGGAGUGAUCGUGCGGUGGCAGUGCCUAAGAAGAAGCGCGGUAAUGGCCCGCAUUAUCGAGGGGUAAGGGAGCGGCCGUGGGGGAAAUUCGCGGCUGAGAUUCGUGACUCGGCUCGGCACGGGGCGAGAGUAUGGCUCGGAACUUUUGAUACGGCGGAGGAAGCCGCGAUGGCCUAUGAUCGAGCGGCUUACAAGAUGCGGGGAGCGCGCGCACUUCUGAAUUUCGCGAUCACCGUUAGUGGGGAGAGUGUUUGGCCACCGAAGGUUCGAAUCGACGGUGGUGAUAAAUCGGCCGGGGGUCCAGCCAGUUGCCAUGGUGGUUUAGAGCCGAGUCGGUUGGCUGUGAAGGUUGAGCCGGUUGGCUGUGUAGGAGAAAAGUCAACAAUGGGAAAUUAGGAAUGAUCUCUUAAUAUGGAUCAAUAUACAAAAUUGACCAAAAUUCUCCUGGUAUGGAUCUUAAUUUCUCUGUUUAUAGUGGCUAAAAGGGGGGUAUUUUGGUCAAGUAAGAAAGUUGGGGUUGAUUGAAUGGUGAGAGCCGAGGAUUGUGGGGCCCACCAUCUAAGAAGUCUGGUGGGUUGUCGUCUUCGACGCUGUAUGCGUCGCGUCUGAGUACUAGGUUUAGCCCCAUUUUAAAAUGGCGGUGUAUCUUCCUCUUCACAUGGAACUGCAGCUAUCCACACCAUCCAAACUCUGGGCCCCAUUACGGAUGGAGCAUAUCUCUAACAUCAUACUGAUCAAGGAAUCAUAGCCAUUCGAUCAAUGGUCAUCAAAUGGACGCUUAAGAGUAACCAAUGCGAGGUUUAAAUUCGAAGGAAAAAAAUCAGACGGUUAAUACUAUCCUCUCAGUGCAGUUCUUUAGCCAUGCUCCAUCCGUAUUUGGACCAUCGAUUUUGGUGGUUGGAUUUGAUCCGCCACUAUGCCAUGUGUACGGUUGAAGAGUGACCACCAUUUCUUAGAUCGUGCAGAACUACAUAAGGAGUACUCUAACCUCAGUCUUAAAUGUACAGAUGGUUAGAAUAACAGGUGUUAAGGGUAGGGCAAGAUUUCGUAAUCGGUGAGGUUAUUCCACGUGGCAUAAUCUUGGCCAACGAUGGAAAUGGCUUAUGUUUGUCUUUUUCAUAUGUUUUGCGUAUAGCUGGUACGGCGACCUUGUGAUUUGCCACAAUCGUAUAGCUGAAACUUCUAUUUGAUAAGUUAUGUUUCUCUAUUUGAUAAGCUAUGUAACUCUCUCAUUGGGUGGAUAGGGCCCACCCUACUAUUUUAGGACAAAAUCAAUUUAUAUGGUCCAACAUAA